GCCAAAGAUAACAAGGCUUGACUUCAAGAAGAACAAACUCACUCUAGUAGUUGUCGAAGAUGAUGAACAGGGAAAGGAGCAGGAGCACACUUUUGUCUUUAGACUGGAUCAUCCCAAAGCCUGCAAACACUUGUGGAAAUGUGCAGUGGAACAUCAUGCCUUCUUCCGGCUCCGAGGUCCUGUCCAAAAAAGCUCAAGUCGAUCAGGCUUCAUUAGGUUAGGAUCCCGGUUCCGAUACAGUGGGAAAACAGAGUAUCAAACCACCAAGACCAACAAAGCCAGGAGAUCAGCAUCCUUUGAAAGAAGGCCCAGCAAGAGAUAUUCAAGACGAACACUGCAAAUGAAAGCACAUGCUGCUAAACUUGAAGAAACAAGUACUGCAAACAAUGCUGUUAUCAAUCAAACUAACGGAUCACAAAGCUGGAAUGCAAAACCAAACCUACCUGUCCUAACAGUGGUUCCUUCUGCCCCAGUCUUAGUGGAAAUAGAAAACCUCCCAAGGAGCCCAGGAACCAGCCAGCAAGACAAGUGUGUACCUCUUGUUGAUUUGCUAAACAGCACGGAGUUGCCAGAAACUUGUGUUGAUGAUACCGUAGGCCAUCCAGUUGUUGGCUUGGCAACAGGAGAUUCAGAAGAGGCUGUUAGUUGCCCUCAUCCUGGCACAAAGGAAACUGCUGCUGAAAAAGCAGACUGUGAUCCAUUUGAAGACACGUUCUUAAAACUGAGACAGCUGGAGACAGAGUGCAGCAGCCCCGUGCCAACUGAGCGUCCCAACGUAAACAUAAACGUACAGGAUGAAGUGGUAAAGUUGACAGAUAAAUGUCUUAACAAUGCAAUUGAGAGCCCAAUCGCAGCAGCAACGUGGCUUCCAGCAGAUAUCAAAAGCAAUAUCCUGAAGGCCCAGGCAGAAGCAGGGCACAAGGUCGUAAGAGAAGACAGCCUGACAAGUGUAAAGAAUUCCAAUAUUCAGGAUGCUGCUGCCAGGAACAUUCUCUCGUCAGGCAAAACACAGAGUAGUCCCCCAGCAACCAGUCCAGUAUUUCAAGACCCAAGAGAGCUGCUGAAAGCAAUCCCUGCCUCAAAUGCCUUUGUUCUUAAUGCAUUAAAUGAGGACAGCACUGCCUCUAACCACGAGGACCUGCUGAUUCCAGCUAGUCUGGCUCCAGCUGAGGAGGCUCCUGUUUCAAAGAGCACUCCAGAUGACCAGGACGUUUCCUUAACAUCAUUGACAGAGAAUCUAAUUGACUUUACAGAAGCCACACCUCGGGUGUCUUCCCAGCCCACGAUAACACCGAGGUGGAUAGUGCCAACUGGAGUGAUUUCCAAUGGGCCUUUGGGAAAUGAUGUUGCCUUAGCUAUGAAGGCAGUGAAAGGCAGCACGGAGGCUCUGUUGUCAUCAGCUGGAUUGCCACCAUCCCAGCAGAUAUCCGAAGUCCUUGCAAGCCCAGUUACUGAGGAUGCUACAAUAAGAACGAAAUGUUUACUCACUACUGAACUCUAG